GCUUCUAAGAACAACACAUUUUUGAGAACUAUACUAUAUAGAGAUUUACCCGAGCACACAUAUACACCGUACCCUCGUGUUUAUUUCCACAAUGUGCUAAAUGGGAUGGAAAUAUUGCUAUUUUUAGAAUGUCUGGCAUAGUGUUCCUAUACUGUAUCUUAGAUUAAGUAAUGAUCUGUUUCACACUGAAACUGGUGUGUGGGAGGGGCUUUAUGUCAUUUUUGACACUACUAGGUGUGAAAUCCUGCAUCAGUCUGCACUAUAUUGUGUGUCUAUAUGCUUGAGGAGUUCAAUUAACCUUUCUCUAUAUUCACUCAGCAGCAAAAAUACUCUUCCUUGGUCUGUGUAGAAAUGGAUACUGUGUCAGUUUAUCAUGGGAAGAUUAGUCGUGAGAUCGGAGAGAAGCUCUUGAGCGAAGCUGAAAAGGAUGGGAGUUAUCUGCUACGUGACAGUGAGACUGUGCCUAAUGUGUAUUGUCUGUGCGUCCUGCAUAAGGAUGUAGUUUAUACCUACAGAGUGUCUCAAACAAUAACUGGCUCCUGGUCAGCAGAGGCUGCACCAGGUGUCCCUAAAAGAAUGUUUAGAAAGGUUCAGAAUCUAAUAUGUGCUUACCAGAAGCCAGGCCAAGGGAUUGCAACUCAUCUGCAACAUCCUGUUGAGAGAAAAUCGCCAAAGAUGAAAGGUUAAAGCAAAUCAACAUCCACAUAUCCUUGAUUAGAUGUAUUGGCUAUGCAAAAAAAAAAAAGAUAAAUGAAAAAAAGACUCUUAUUGGCAAAAAAAGACUGACCUGAACAAUAUGUUUUAUUUGGUGCUACAUCAAAGUAACCAUAAAUCUUUUAUUCUGUAAGAUAUCCAUCCUUAUUUGGGAAUUGUUCUUUGGGACCCAUGUUUUUUUUGGUAGUAAAAUUGUAUAUCCAUUUG